AUGGAACUGGAGUUAGACCCGGUGAACAAGUGCUAAGUGAUGAUCGCCAGGUCCUGGUUUUGAAGCAACCUUAGACUUGCAUGCAGUCCACGUGUAGCCAAAGGGCUGACCACGUGUGAAAACCUCGUAUCAGCUCGAGAAAGAACAAACCAUAGAAACAUAAAUAAAGCGUCCAUGAAAGCCGAAAAGGAAAAUUAGUCGUAUUCCCUUGCAUCUCGUAGAGAUCAAGAAACUAACCAUUCUUUUUAGAUCAAAAAGAAGAAACCAUGGCGUCUAAUCUUAAGCCAACGUUUGGCUACACGGUUGUUUAUGUUAAGGACGUAGCCAAAUCAGUAGAUUUCUACGCAAAAGCCUUUGGUUACGACGUUCGUCGCUUGGACGAGUCUCACAGAUGGGGAGAGCUGGAGAGUGGGCAUACCACGAUUGCCUUCACUCCCAGACACCAACACGAGACCGAUGACCUAACCGGUGCGGUCCAAGUCCCAAAAUCUGAUAGCGAGCGACCCCCAGUGGAAAUCUGUUUGGUUUACACAGACGUUGAUGCUGCAUUCAAGCGGGCGGUGGAGAAUGGAGCGGUGCCCGUGAGCCAGCCAGAGGACAAGCAGAAUUGGGGACAGAAAGUCGGGUACGUGCGUGACAUUGAUGGCCUGACCGUCAGGAUGGGGAGCUAUGUUCACGCAUCAAAACAAGAUUGACUGGAACUAAAAAGUUUAUAACCUUUGUUAUAUGUUUAAUUUAUGUAUUAAGGUAAGUUGUUAUGAGUGCGGAUGUGAAUUAUAUUUGUGAGUUUAAAUUAGUAGGAUAUAUAUAUAAUCAUAAUAAUAUUCUAAUUAAUUUAAAUUUUAUACUUGAUUUCU